AUGCUGCACUUCAUCUCCGUCGUGCCCCCCGACUGGCGCUUCCGCUUCAUGGGCUCCCCCCUUUCCGUAGCCUCCAUCAACCGCUCCGUCGCAAUCCGCCACCAAGUCGCCGCCGGCAAGCUCGACCUCACGUUCAUCCCCGAAAACAUGAGCACCGGCGGGCAGGAGGAGAUUAGCCAGUUUCUCACCACGCUGUGGUUGUACGAGGUUGUGCUCCAGCCGGCGGAGUGGCUGCUCGUCUUCCAGACCGACUCCAUGCUCUGCGCAAACAGUAGGCUGAACCUCAACGACUUUCUGGAAUACGACUGGGUCGGCGCGCCGUGGAACCCCGACGGCCAGUGGGGUGGCAAUGGAGGAUUGUCGCUGAGGCGAGUGAGCCGCAUCAUCGACAUCCUGCGCAACCAGCGGCGUGCCAACGGCUCUGAGCCCGAAGAUGUGUGGCUCUCCGAACGCCUUGCUCACCAUCCCGGCGGAAGGGUGGCCAACGGGUCCGUCUCAAUGACCUUUUCGGGCGAGAUGCACGAUGGACGGUCUGAGCAGACUAUGAAUAGUUCUAGCAUGUCUCCGAGCAUGAAUCACAUUGACAAUGGUGAUUACGUUCCAGAGAUUGAUGACUGGAGGGCAGGAUUCUAUGAGCCAAUGGGCUACCAUAUCGGAGGGAGUGGUUCUUUUCUACAUAGUCCAGUUUGGGGAAUGCCAGAGCUGAGAGAGCAUGUGUGGAAAUACUGCCCAGAGAUCAAGAUGACGCUAGCCAUGGACGUAGCCGAGUACGUCCCUGGGAACUGCGGCGCGCGAUGGACAUAG